AUGUCGUCACCUAAGGGCGGACUUCGAGGAGGAGAUCACCAGGAUCUGAGGGUCCUCUUCCUUCACGAGCUGGACUCCGCCCCAGGCAGUGAGAAGCAGCGGCUGCUUGAGAAGGCGCUUGGGAAGCAAAGGGUUAAAGCUCCCAACUUGAAGACGAGACAAACCAUCAUGAUGUUUGUGCUAGGCUUCCUCGUCUUAGCGAUUUGUCUACUCAGCGGGAUCAUUGCUGCUGCUGUGCUGGCAAAGUGGUAUAUCGGGCUUUGCGUGUUAUUGGGUUCGGCAGUAGUGCUGGUGAUAACCUACUGGUUUGGAGGGAAAGCUGCCACUCAUUUCAUGUGGCUUAAGGCUAUUCGCAUAGCCGAGAAGAAAUUCAGAGAGCAACGGUCAAACGUCAUCGUCGCCACCUCCUUUGGGUCUGUUGUAGCCUUGAGCAUGGAUAUUCCGAAAGUCCCCAUGCUGUUGCUCUGCCCCGCCCACGACCAGUACUCUCGCUUCAUGCGUCUCCGCAAUGGCUUCACUUUGCACGGAAUUCCAUAUGUGCUGAUUGUACACGGCUCGGGGGAUAAAACGGUUCCGCUUGAUGAUUCCAUUCGUCUGCUAGAAACGGCCGACGGCCCAGGCCGCAGCCGCUUGGAAGUGAUAAAUGAUGUCCAUACGCUCAAAUCCAUCAAGCCUGAAGAUCUGCGCCAGUGGGUAGACGAAGUUUUCACGCAGGGAAAGAGGCAAGUGAGGGCUCUCGCCGACUCUGGAUCGAAGGGCGUGGACCCAUCUCUUUAUGAAUGGGGAGAUGAACCUGAGGCAAAUGCUGAUAAAGAGGCAAAGAAACAGACAGAAAACGAAGAUGACAAUUCCAGCAGAGGAACAAGCGCACCGCAGGAGCCAACAGGAGCGUCCAGUGUCUAA